UGAAUGGGUUAAAAGAACAGAACCUCAUCUAAAACCCCGCCUUAAACCAAACAUGCUCUGUAUCUAUAUCCUUCAAUGGCUGCUGUCUCUCCUAAAACCCCUCAAAUCCCACUCAAUUCCGACAUUCAUUUAUCCCCUAUUUCCAACACCCUUAAAUCCAAAACCCUCAAUUUCUCCCGUAUCAUUCAAAGACACCAUUUUUCUCUCAAGAAAACCCAAGAAGUCUCUGUUUUUAGCACCAAUUCAACUGAUAACAAAGACCCAAAUUCUCAAAUUUGUGAACUAUGUCUUCAGGGGAACUUGGAAGAAGCUCUGACCCAUUUAGAAUCACUUCAAGAACUUCAAGUGUGUGUGGAUGAAGAUGCUUAUAUUGCUGUUUUGAAGCUGUGUGAGUGGAGGAGAGCAGCUAAUGAGGGGUCUAGAGUUUAUGGUUAUGUUUGUAAAAAUGGGUCUAACUUGAGUCUGAGGCUUGGUAAUGCUUUGUUGAGCUUGUUUGUUAGGUUGGGUAAUUUGGUUGAUGCUUGGUAUGUGUUUGGGAGAAUGUCUGAGAGAGAUGUGUUUUCCUGGAAUGUUUUGGUUGGUGGGUAUGCUAAAGGUGGGUUUUUUGAUGAGGCUUUGGAUUUGUAUCAUAAGAUGUUGUGGGCUGGGAUUAGGCCUGAUGUGUAUACUUUUCCAUGUGUUUUGAGGAUGUGUGGUGGCGUUCCUGAUUUGGGGAGAGGGAGAGAAGUUCAUGUUCAUGUGUUGAGGUUUGGUUAUGCAUUGGAUGUUGAUGUACUUAAUUCUUUGAUUACUAUGUAUGUUAAAUGUGGGGAUGUUUGUAGUGCUAGGAUGGUAUUUGAUAGGAUGGUGAAUAGGGAUAGGAUUUCAUGGAAUGCAAUGAUUUCCGGGUAUUUUGAGAAUGAUCGGUGUUUGGAGGGGUUUAGAAUGUUUUUUAUGAUGCGGGAAUGUUAUGUUGAUCCGGAUUUGAUGACAAUAACUAGUUUAAUUUCUGCAUGUCAGAGUCUUGGUUACCAGAGACUAGGGAAGGCAAUCCAAGGGUAUGCUAUGAGAGCAGAGGGUGGUAUGGAUGUCUCUGUGGGUAAUGCAUUGGUGCAAAUGUAUUCCAGUGUUGGUAAUUGGGAGGAGGCGGAGAAAGUUUUUAGUAGAAUUGAGUCGAAAGAUGUUGUAUCCUGGACAUCAAUGAUUUCAGCUUAUGAAAAUAAUGGGAUGCCUGAAAAAGCUGUUGACACUUAUAAAAUGAUGGAACUUGAAGGAAUUAGACCAGAUGAGAUCGCUUUGGCCAGUGUACUAUCUGCUUGUGCUUCCUUAGGCCUUUUGGAUAUGGGUACUAAGCUACAUAAGUUUGCUAAGAGGUCUGGACUUAUAUCUUAUGUUAUAGUGGCAAACACUCUAGUCGAUUUCUAUUCCAAGUGUGGAUGCAUGGAUCAGGCUCUUCAAGUCUUCGACAAUAUACGUGAGAAAAAUGUUAUAUCUUGGACUUCCAUUAUCCUUGGGUUGCGUAUCAACAGUCGGAGUUUUGAGGCACUAAUUUUCUUUAGGAAUAUGCAACUCAUUUUAAAACCAAAUUCUAUUACAUUGAUUUCUGUCCUAUCCGCAUGUGGUAGAGUAGGAGCUCUUAUGUGUGGCAAAGAGAUUCAUGCGCAAGCAUUGAGAAAUGGAUUAGUGGUUGAUGGGUUUUUUCCAAAUGCUCUCCUUGACAUGUAUGUAAGGUGUGGGAAGAUAAAUCUUGCAUGGAACCAAUUCAACACACAGAAGAGAGAUUUAGCUUCUUGGAAUAUUCUUCUUACAGGCUAUGCCCAGAGGGGGCAAGGAGCACUUGCUGUUAACUUAUUUAACAGAAUGAUCGAAACAGAGGUACAUCCUGACGAGAUAACUUUUAUAUCUCUAUUAUGUGCUUGUAGUAGAUCUGGAAUGGUGGCUGAAGGUUUACAAUAUUUUAAAAGCAUGGAACAUCAAUAUUAUAUUACCCCAAACUUGAAGCAUUAUGCUUGCGUGGUUGAUUUACUUGGCCGUGCAGAGAAGUUGGAGGAUGCUUACAAAUUUAUCUUAGACAUGCCAAUAGAACCAGAUAAAGCCAUCUGGGGAGCGUUAUUAAAUACUUGUAGGAUACACAAGCGACUUGAGCUGGGAAAACUAGCUGCUGAACAUUUAUUUAAAUUAGAUGAUAGCACUCUGGGAUAUUAUACUCUUUUGUGUAACUUCUACGCUGACAACGGUAAAUGGGAUGAAGUAGCUAGAUUGAGAAAGUUUAUGAAAGAAAAAGGACUUAGUGUUGAUCCUGGGUGUAGUUGGGUUGAAGUGAAGGGAAAAGUUCAUGCCUUCCUUAGCGGAGACGAUUUCCAUCCCCAGAUAAAGGAGAUAACUGCAGUUUUGGAGGGCUUUUAUGACAAAAUGGCUGCUGUUGAUGCUAAUGGCCCAGAAAUGAGUUCUAUUACCGAAGUCGAAUCUUCUAAAGCUGACGUUUUAUGUGGGCACAGUGAGAGACUAGCGAUUGCCUUUGGGCUUCUUAAUACUGCUCCUGGGAUGCCUAUAUUGGUAACAAAGAAUCUUUACAUGUGCAAAGGCUGCCAUAAUACAAUCAAAUUUAUCUCAAAAAUUGUACGAAGAGAGAUAUCUGUUAGGGAUACAGAUCAUUUUCACCAGUUUAAUGAUGGAAUCUGCUCCUGCAGAGAUGAAGGUUACUGGGAUGAUUAACUGUUAAACAUGGACUGAAACGUAAUUCUGUCUUCUUUCGAGCCACAAUUGUAUACGGGGCUGGCAAACUGAACUUGUGGCUGGCAAACAAAACGGAGAGCUUACUACAGUACUUUGCCUGCGGUAUCAGUUUGUGUGUGGCCAGUAGCAGCUUCAUUGACAUCUUGCCCAUGUCUUAUUAUGUCUGAUUAUAUGGUACCACACGCUAUGCUUCAUUUUUUACAUAUGAUAUAGUCAUGUAUAUUCACCACACUCAGCCAUGCCUGAAGAAGAAGAUGGUUGCGAGGAGUUUCUUGUUUCAUGCUUGGCAUACUUCAUCUUCUCAGGUUUGUUGGCAUCCUUCUGUACAGAGUGCUAAGCGAUGACAGGAUCUCAUAUUUACAUGAAUAUUCACAUGUGGAAUCCAAUAUGUUGUCCAGUAGCUGAAAUUCUGUAUGUCACAUGAAUGAUAUAGUAAUGAAAUGACUUUCAUAAUGAAAUUAUGUUCUUACUAGCA